CGUGUGCGCUCACUUUGUUUUGCUUUUGUUCGAUGAGUUUGAUUAAAUAAAUCCUGCAUAAAACAUGGGGGCAAAGAACAAAAAGGCCAGCGCGGAUGCGGUUUACGCCAAAAAGACGGUAAAGUCCGCUAAUCCCUUCGACAACACCGCUUCUCAGUCCAGUAAACGCGGGCAGAAUCCCUUUGAUGUGCACGUGAACAAGGAGAAGUUUAAGAUUCUGGGCAGGAUCUGCAAGCAUGACAGAGGAAUGCCGGGCGUGUCCAGGGCAAAGGCUCUGCAGAAGAGAGCCCAGACCUUGGGGCAGCAGUUUGCGGUAAAGCACAAGACCAACAGGUUCAAGGAUAACCGUAUUGGGAAGCACCUUAGCGGUGACCAGCUGACCGAAUCUGUGAUGAACGCCCGUUACCUGGCCGAAAAAAUGUCGCAGGUGCGACAGUCCCAUAAAGCGGAGACGUUCAAUCUGAACGAUGACGAGCUGCUAACGCACAGAGGCCAGACUCUAGAGGAAAUUGAGCAGUACAGAGACGAAAGAUCCGACGACGAAGAACUGGAUGAUGAGGGUUUGGAUGCUGAUUUCACAUCUGCUGCCCACUUCGGAGGGGACGGAGAUACCGUCCAGGAUCGACAGACCGCCAUCGAGGAAAUGAUCGCCGAGCAGAAGCGACGCAAAAAUGAAAUCGUCAAGGAGAAGGACGAGGUGUACGAGCUCACCGAAAAACUAGACGCCAACUACAAGCUGUUGCUGCCGCUGGUGGCCAAAGCCACUAAGGAUGAGCAGGACGCCAAGCCGCCACCAGAUGCCUACGACACUCUUAAGGAAAUGAUCUUUGAGCCGCGCGGCAGUGUUACGGAUAAGCUGAUCAAUCCCGACGAGUUGGCCAAACAGGAGGCGGCACGUUUGGAGAAGCUAGAAGCGGAGAGAUUGCGCAGAAUGCGUGCGGACGGCGAAGAGGAGGAGGAGACUUCCAUUUCCCAGCCCAAGCAUCGGUCAGCAGACGACCUGGAUGACGGCUACGGCUACUUUGCCGGUGAUGAUGAGGAGGAUGAUACCCUGGCGUAUGAUUUAGAUGGAAAUCUGGGUACCCACCUUAAUGGCAAAAAGGAAGUUGCAGUAGAGCAAGAAAAGGAGGAGGAUACUGGUGACGAAGAGAGCGAUGGGGAGGAGGAAGAGGACUCCGAUGAGGAGAGCGAUUCGGAUGUGAAUAAUCUGAGUGACUUAAAAGAAUCGGAAAGUGAAAGUGAAGCUGAAGCGAAAGUACUUCCCAGCCGAGUAAAAAAAACUUCAGAGGGAAAACCAUCCGUCUCCAUGGACACCAAUAUACCCUUCACCAUAAAGAUGCCCAAGACCUACGAGGACUUUACGGCACUUCUCUCCAAACACGCUAUUUCCCAGCAGGCGACAAUUGUGGAAAGGAUUAUCAAGUGCAAUCAUCCCAAACUAGAAGGUGUUAACCGCGAGAAUGUGGUCAAGUUGUACUCUUUCCUGCUGCAGUACCUCAAGGAUUUGUUUGAAGAUGCCAGCGAUCACGAUAUCCGGGAGCAUUUCCAACUGCUCUCACAGCUUAUGCCGCACCUGUAUGACUUGACCCAACUGAAUCCGGAACGGAUGUCCAAUACCUUGCUAGAGGUAAUCAAGGAGAAGUAUGGGGAGUUCAGAAAAAACCACAAGACAUAUCCGUCACUGGACACAUUGGUUUACUUAAAGCUCGUGGCCAACCUGUACUCCACCUCGGACUUUCGCCACCCAGUGGUCACUCCCUGCAUUAUAUUCAUGCAACACAUCCUCUCUAGAGCGCGCGUUCGAACGCGUCAGGUAUCCAUGGGACUGUUUCUGGUCACCGUGGUCUUGGAGUUCGCUUCCCAAUCCAAGAGAAUGCUCCCAGCCGUUUUUAACUUCCUACAAGGUAUUGUGCACAUGUCCAUACCAAAGCGGGAUGUUCAGCAGCUAGAGAUCACACCACCGUUCGAGCGAGAUGGCCCAUUGAGCAAACUUCUGGCCCUUCCAGUUAAGAGUAAGGAAUGUAAGGACUUGGAGAACCAACACCUGCAGUCGGUGGAUCUGGUGACCCAAACAAUCACUCCGGAUUUCAAGGUUCGAGCAUUGGAUGCAGCACUCCUGCUUAUCAAAGAAGCCCUUCAGUUGGUGGAGGAGCAUGUUGGUGCCUGCUAUCUGGCCAAACCCUUCCUUAGAUUGCUCGUCCGCCUACCACUUGAACCCUAUCCCGAGCAUGUCCACCUCCAUCACAAAGAAGCCACUGAACUGGCGAAAAAGCUGGGAGCAAAAAUGAAGCGUCUGGCUCCAGCGGAAAGGAAACCAAAGGCUCUUCGGCUGCUAGAACCGCGAUUCGAAGCUGUGUACGAUGAUAAGCGGCGGCCCAAAAUGUCCAAGGCCAAGGAAGAGCGGGCCAAGUUGCUGCACAAAAUCAAGCGCGAGAAAAAGGGCGCCAUUCGAGAGAUCCGCAGGGACACAGCCUUCGUCCAGGAGCUCAAACUCAAGCAGACUUUGCAAAGCGACAAGGAACGCCACGAGAAGGUCAAACGCAUCUACCAAGAGGCAUCCAUGCAACAGGGCGAGCUCAACGAGCUGGCUCGCGCCAAGAAGAAAAAGAAGUUCUAGUUGUUCUCUCGUUCCAGUUAGGCUGAUUUCGAUUUAGUUAUUAGCUAGGCUAGUACUAAGCUUCUGAAAGUAAAGAGCAGCGUGGUGCUGCUUCCAUAUUAAUA